UGCUUUUGAGCAAUUAUGGAGACAAAGCUCUUACGGCAAAGCCAAGGCGGCGAGGGGAAUUCUCGUUCAUCAGGAAACUGGGUACACUUUGUCAAGAUUAUAUUUCCUUCAGAAGACUCCACCCUGAGAAUUCCAGAAGAGUUUGUGAGCAAAUAUGGAAAGAAAAUGCCAAAGGUAGGAUCUUUUGAGGUUCCAACAGGGGAAGUUUGGGAAAUCGAGCUGGUUCAUUCCCAUGGUCAAGUGUGUCUAGCCAAGGGAUGGAAAGAGUUCACUCGGAAAUACUCAAUAAGAGAGGGUCACUUUCUGGUAUUCAGAUAUGACGGAGAAUCCCAUUUCCAUGUCAUCAUAUUCGACAAGAGUGCUACUGAAAUAGAAUACCCGCAAUUCAAAACUCAUGAUGAUGAUGAUGACGACGAUGCCAGAUUCAAAGCCGCCUGCAAUUCUGAGUCUGACUCUGAUGAUGAUGAGAUCUUCCAGGAAGAAAUGGAAACGGAAUGCAGCCCAAACAAGAGAAAGAGGAAAAAAGGGUUUGGAUCCGAAGUUGGUGACGUCAACGGAUUGAAUUACAGAGUGAAGCUGGAAGAGUCAGUCCACCAUGUACAUGAGAGCUCACCUUCUCUGAAUCCUAAAAACAAGAGUGUUAGGAAGAAAAACAAUGCCAUUGAAAGAGCAAAAUCUUUCCGAUCAAAGAAUCCAUUUUACAUUUCCGUCAUGCACCGAUCUCAUAUUUCCUCCCCAUAUUCAUUGAGCAUUUCCUUGCCAUUUGCUAAGAACGUCUUUACUUCAGUGCAUAAUGAUUUAUUGCUAAUUUCGAGUGGGAGAUCAUGGUCUGCCAAAUGCAUCAUAGGUAGAUCAGCUUGUGUCAAGAUCACUGGAUGGAAGGACUUCGUGUUAGACAACAAGCUGAAAAUUGGUGAUGUUUGCAUCUUAGAGGGUUUGAAAGGCGGAAGCCCAACGAGCUUCAAUGUCAUAAUAUUUCGAGCAGAUUGAUGAUGCACAGCCGGGUAAUUUAAAAAGGGGGAAAUCACACUUUAGUCCCUCAAAUAGUCAUCCUAUUGAAAUGUCUGAUUUGUGUAUCCAAGUUUGUAAAUGUCACUCCCAAUUGUCCAAAUUACCGUAAAUGUGAUUCAUUGAGGGGUUAAAUUUACAAUGUGGGUGAGGAGUAUAUUUCACCCCUCAAAAGAGCACAUUUACAACGGUUUGGACAAUUGAGAAGCGACAUAAAUAAUCUCGGAAAUACGAGUUUGACAUUUCAGUAUGGUGACUAUUUCAGGGACUAAAAGUGCGAUUGUCUCUUUAAAAAAUAUUGGCGGACUCGUCAACAAGCCUUCUCUUUUCUAGCUGUAGGCGGAAAGAAUUUUUUCGGAGUACAUCUUUUUGGAGUUUUAUUCCACUUUUAGUCUUUGGGGUUUUAUGUCAAUUUCACAUUUAGUUCACGUCUUUUACUUUGUCCACAUUUGAUAUUUGACUAAUAUUUUUUCACCAUUUUGAUCCUUUCGUUCAAUUUUCCCACACUUAUCUAGCGAUUUUAACCAGUAGUAAUAUCAACGGAAGGAUCAUAUAUGAGCAAAAAACAAUAGUCAUGUGCUAAAUGUGUUUUAAGUGAAAAACAUGAACUAAUUGUAGAAUUAGUGUAUACUCGUAUGAUCAAAAGUGAAAUUUUAUUCUUUUCUUGGCCAUACAUAAGUACACCAUGAAUAAAGAUAUGAGAAUUUGAUAUUUG